AUGGGAGCUAAGCUUCACGAAGAAAUGGAAGUAUUGAGUGAACAGAUUAAUAAUCUGCAAUGUAAGAACGAAAGUGGAAACGUGUCGACGGUAAAGCGAAGCCUACAGUCGAUGCAAAAUCAGUAUUCCAAUGGCCAACAACAACCAAUGCGACAACAACAACAAUCACAAUCGAUGCAACAACCACAACAACAAUCACAAUCAAUGCAACAACCACAACAGCAACAACAAUCAUUGCAACAACAACAACAACCACAACAACAACAAUACUACUCAUCCAAUAUGAUGAUGAAGAGACAAAUGGGAGGGAGAAAUAACUACAAUGCACAACAACCAAUGAACGCAUACUCACAAUCUUAUAAUUCAUACAGAGCACAGAGUGGAUAUGCACAACCGAUUGGUCAAUCACAAAUGAUGAAACGUCAACAACAGUUAAGACUAGCACAACCUUACUAUCCUUCACAACAAGGUCAACAACAACAACAGCAGCAGCAGCAUGGAUAUCCAUACAUGGGACAUAAUAUGCAAAUGGGAGGGAUAGUUAUGCAACCUGAACGAUUCCCACAUUUUGAACAACCUCAAUAUUACGAUAACAUAGGAUUUGAUGAAAGUCAAAUGAACCGUUUUCAACCGAUUGGCGAGUCAAAUCUAUAUGAUGAGAUCGCUGAAGGACAGGUUAUGGGUGAUAUUGAGAAACGUGAAUUGAAAUAA